AUGCCGCGAGAAGUCGAGCCCUCGCUCAACGAGCGCCAGUUCAUUCGCGAUGCUCUGUUCGAAAGCAUCCGCCUCGACGGCCGUCAACUCGAUCAAUACAGAAAUCUAGAGCUGGAGUUCGGCGACGACUAUGGUGUUGCCGAUGUCCGUUUGGGCAAGACGAGGUGUGCAGUGCAUUCCAUUAUCUUGCAUAUCACAUUUUGCUGA